AUGUAAAAGAACAAUCAUUUAGAUGAGUUAAAAUUCCAUAAAGAAUUAACAAUAUAAGGUAAAUAGAUUUUUUACAAUGAAUAGCAAGUAGUUUCGUUAUAAAAUACUUGGUUAAUUCUUUCAUUAAGGAAUUAAGUAGAAAUUUUCAUUUAAAAGAUGGAAAAAUUCUUAAAAGGUUAAUGGUGAUUAAUGAUUAUAGGACAGAAAUCAGAAUUAUGAUGAAAAUAAAGAGGAAAAAAUAGGAAUCUAACAGAAUUACAUGAAGAUUUUGAUUAGUAACAAAUAUUUAACUUUAUAUAGAUGCUCUUAAAGUAUUAUUGAAGGAGCUUAUAGAUUUGGAAAGAAAUUUGGUAAUUGGACAAUUAAGUAAUUGUACUUAUGUAAAUAAUAAUAAAAAAAUAAUAAGUGGAGAUGGUAAUUAUGUUGAGGAAAGUGGUUUGAAAAAUGGAAGAGCCAGUUAUGAUCAAGAACUUCAUGAUAAUUUUUGGAUGAAAUAUUAUAAUUAAUAACUACUAGGGGAUCUUAAAUUAAAUAUAUAGGAUAAUACUAGAAGGGGAAAUAAUGUGGAUCAUGGGACACUUUAUCUGGAGGACAUUCUUAAUCUAUAAAAAAUGUUAAAUUUAUAUUAAUAGUGGAGGAGGAAAAUAUGA